CUAUGUACACGUGUUGAAAAUGAAUUUCUUUAUUAAUCCUCGAUUUAGUACCAAUGAUAUCACUAUAGAAAAAUUAUAUCUCGGUAAAUUAACCAAUUCACAAUCAUUAUUACCAUCUGUAAAUAAAAUAAAAUUGUCAGAGAGGUUAUUUCAUGAAAUACGUUUCAUGUCUGCUGCUAAUUGGUUUAUUAAGCAUCAAGAUAAUAGGACUGGUGGUUGGCCUGUAAAUGUUCGACGUAUAUCGUAUGGUAGAAAAGCCUUGAAACCUGGAUGGUAUUCCGCUAUGGGUCAAGGUCAAGCAAUUUCGCUUCUAGUUAGAGCUUAUAAUUACACUGGGAAUCGAUUAUAUUUGGAAGCUUGCCAUCGUGCUUUAGAUUUGUUUAACGUAAAUAUAAAACGUGGAGGCAUUCGUUCGUAUUUUUUGGAUCAGUCCGAUUUAGUAUGGUUUGAAGAGUAUCCAUUCGAUCCUCCUAUUCACGUAUUGAAUGGGUUUAUUUAUUCACUUAUCGGUUUGUAUGAUUAUAUCAAAUUAUUGGUGAACUCUCCAGAUCCUUCGGCUUCAUCUUAUCUUUCAGAAGCUCAAAUUCAUCUAGAUACAGGAUUGACAAGUUUAUCCAGGUUACUCCCAUUAUUUGAUUCUGGUAGUGGUAGUUUCUAUGAUCUUCGUCAUCUUUCAACAGACUAUAAUCAUAGACCGGUGAAAAAAAUCGAAUCUAAAUUAGCUAAAAAUGCAUUUCAAUUAUUCACUGGACCCAAUCGAGCUCGUUGGAGUUAUCAUUCCCUGCACAUUAAACAACUUCAAACUUUGAGUGAUUUAGAUCCAACACAUGCUAUUCAAUGGAACACUACAGCUGAUCGAUGGAUUGCUUACCUUCAAGGUUUCAGAUCUCUUCAAAACUAAUAUACUUUAUUUUGUUACUUAAUUACUUUCUGCAUCUUUGUUUAUUCAGGUGACUUCCAACCAUUUACAUAUACUAGUCAAAAAUGCGCAUUUAUUGUAUUAUUAGCCAUUAUACAUUCUACUCAUAUAAUAUUUUAUAGUUAUAAUUAAGUGUAAUUAACUUAUCGUUUACCUAUUUAACAUUCAGUAAAGACAAUACAUAUUUUUUAAUGCAUAAGUGCAAAAUCACUCUCUGCUUACAAUCACUCGUCAUUCACACAACCUUGAGCAACUUAAGUGGACGGGAGACCAUUCUUUGUCUGAAUAACGCGAAGUGGUCCUCAUAUUCAUUUGUUGUGAUUCUUUCCCUAGUAUGCAUGCAUUUGUAUUCAAUGGAUAAUUUGUAAAACAUUCUGGUUAAUGUAUUCAAUUUCUAUCUGCUGUAUUAUAUUUAGAGGUAUGUAAACUUUCUCUAUAAUCUUGAUGAUUUCGAUCUCUGACUGAACAUAUUAUCGUUCCAUUGACCUGCUUCUGAUCUGGCUUUCAUUAGACAUGGAAGUUAUUUUCCGACAAUGAUUUUUCGAUCAAAGAUCAUUCAGUUGGGAAAAUUUGUAUGUGGAUUUAAUGAUAUCCAAUGGUCAAAAAAGGCAUAAGUUUAUAUGCCGGCACUCUUUACAUUCGUAAA